AUGCAAGAACUGCAUGCCCGAAUGCAAGAAUUGCAGGCCUUGACAAGGUUUGCACGACGCUUGCGGAGUUUCCUGUCCUCUUUGGAGGCCGCGCGCAGCUCCGCUUUCAGUUCCGUGCGGCGCCUCUUGACUUCACUGAGCCAAUUUCCGUAUGCAUUCGUGGCAGCCAUGGCCGCUGUGGGUGGUGAGCUGAAAAGUGUCGUUCAGCACCUGCGAGCUUUGCAGAGAAGAUUGUGCAGACGCAAAAGACUUGAGCUUGCCAAGGAGGAAGGAACUAGCGACCCCCGAGAGCAUGUGAUGCUCAAAGUACAGCCUACUGCAACAUCUGUUUUGGCUGUUUUCGAGUUGAGCGGCAGAAAUUCUGCUUGUGCUGCACGCUUUUUGGCGGCCAAGAACAAGUUGAAUGUGGCAGAGGCUUCCUUGUCAAAUUCUUUAGCUUCUGCAAUUGAAGAUGCCUAUUUGCAGGUGCCUUUCGAAACCAUUGUGGGCCUCUUAGAUAGUCCCACAUGCCCACGCCACCGUCGUGACUUGUUUGCGGCGGGUAGCUUUAUAGUUGAAACGCAGCUAUACACAUGGCUGCUUGCCCAAAACAAGAAAGGGGUUGCACCUGGGAGGCAACAAUUAGUAGCAGAAGCGUGCAGGCUGACUCCAAAGGAUUUGCCGCAUGAUGUGGCAGCCAUGCUGGAGCAGUACUGGAAAGGCAAUGGACGCGCAAGGUCACAAAGAAAGUGGUUGCGCCGCUUUCGUUUUGAACAUGGUCUACAGUUGGGCCGCGUGCGUGUGCAGGCAGUGAUGCCUCUAGCAGACAUGCAGCGCAAGGCGAAAGCUUUUUGGAGAUGGAGCAACUACGUUCAUGCACAAUCAAGCAGCUCGGGUCCUCUUCUCUUGCUGAACAUGGACGAAACUUCCAUUGCUUUGAAGCCAACCGCGAAGGUUGGCACUGCCGCCCGGGGCUUCACAGGGCACAAGGCUGUAGAUGCCGCAUCUUUGGCUGAGACGCGGGCUCGGUUCACAUUGAUGUGCACGAUUUGCAAUGACACGUCUGUGCAGCCAUUCCUUCCGCAGGUUCUCCUCACGAACGGUCGGUUUCUUGGAAAGAAGGCCAAAGUGGAGAAACUCAGGGGCAAUCUGUCCGUUUGGACCCAGAAAAGCGCUUGGUCAUGCCAUGCUACACUGAGACGAUAUAUUUCUUUGCUUGGAUUCAAGCUCAAGGCUGCAGCUCCGGGCCGUGACUAUGCACUACUUCUAGAUUGCGCGCCUUCUCACUUGCACGGUUCCAUUAAAAGGCAAGCGAAGCUCAACCAUAUUCGUUUGGUCUACAUUGCAGCUGGGCUCACACGUUGCCUUCAACCAGCAGACACAGAUCUAUUUUCGCGGCUGAAGGAGAAAAUCGCAGAGCUAUAUCGUUCACAGCAAUCAAUGAGUGUGGACGGAAAGAUUUCGCCUGCCCAAUGGCUGGAGAUCUUGGGUUCAUCUUUACAAUCAAUUCUACCAGCUGUGAAAUGGAGCCGGGCCUUCGCCAAGGUUGGUGCUUCGAAUUGGCAAAAGGAUGUGUGCCAAUCUUUACUCUUUGAAUUCGGUUGGCCAAGUGUACCGACCAUCCCACCAGGGCCUCCGACUGAGUCGGAGGCCCGCGACAUUUUCCCUAAGGGAAGAAGUAAGCUGGAUGUUCUGUCCUAUGUGCAUUGGAAGCAGCCAGCGGCCAAAGGCCAAUUUCCGUAUGCAUUCGUGGCAGCCAUGGCCGCUGUGGGUGGUGAGCUGAAAAGUGUCGUUCAGCACCUGCGAGCUUUGCAGAGAAGAUUGUGCAGACGCAAAAGACUUGAGCUUGCCAAGGAGGAAGGAACUAGCGACCCCCGAGAGCAUGUGAUGCUCAAAGUACAGCCUACUGCAACAUCUGUUUUGGCUGUUUUCGAGUUGAGCGGCAGAAAUUCUGCUUGUGCUGCACGCUUUUUGGCGGCCAAGAACAAGUUGAAUGUGGCAGAGGCUUCCUUGUCAAAUUCUUUAGCUUCUGCAAUUGAAGAUGCCUAUUUGCAGGUGCCUUUCGAAACCAUUGUGGGCCUCUUAGAUAGUCCCACAUGCCCACGCCACCGUCGUGACUUGUUUGCGGCGGGUCGCUUUAUAGUUGAAACGCAGCUAUACACGUGGCUGCUUGCCCAAAACAAGAAAGGGGUUGCACCUGGGAGGCAACAAUUAGUAGCAGAAGCGUGCAGGCUGACUCCAAAGGAUUUGCCGCAUGAUGUGGCAGCCAUGCUGGAGCAGUACUGGAAAGGCAAUGGACGCGCAAGGUCACAAAGAAAGUGGUUGCGCCGCUUUCGUUUUGAACAUGGUCUACAGUUGGGCCGCGUGCGUGUGCAGGCAGUGAUGCCUCUAGCAGACAUGCAGCGCAAGGCGAAAGCUUUUUGGAGAUGGAGCAACUACGUUCAUGCACAAUCAAGCAGCUCGGGUCCUCUUCUCUUGCUGAACAUGGACGAAACUUCCAUUGCUUUGAAGCCAACCGCGAAGGUUGGCACUGCCGCCCGGGGCUUCACAGGGCACAAGGCUGUAGAUGCCGCAUCUUUGGCUGAGACGCGGGGUCGGUUCACAUUGAUGUGCACGAUUUGCAAUGACACGUCUGUGCAGCCAUUCCUUCCGCAGGUUCUCCUCACGAACGGUCGGUUUCUUGGAAAGAAGGCCAAAGUGGAGAAACUCAGGGGCAAUCUGUCCGUUUGGACCCAGAAAAGCGCUUGGUCAUGCCAUGCUACACUGAGACGAUAUAUUUCUUUGCUUGGAUUCAAGCUCAAGGCUGCAGCUCUGGGCCGUGACUAUGCACUACUUCUAGAUUGCGCGCCUUCUCACUUGCACGGUUCCAUUAAAAGGCAAGCGAAGCUCAACCAUAUUCGUUUGGUCUACAUUGCAGCUGGGCUCACACGUUGCCUUCAACCAGCAGACACAGAUCUAUUUUCGCGGCUGAAGGAGAAAAUCGCAGAGCUAUAUCGUUCACAGCAAUCAAUGAGUGUGGACGGAAAGAUUUCGCCUGCCCAAUGGCUGGAGAUCUUGGGUUCAUCUUUACAAUCAAUUCUACCAGCUGUGAAAUGGAGCCGGGCCUUCGCCAAGGUUGGUGCUUCGAAUUGGCAAAAGGAUGUGUGUCAAUCUUUACUCUUUGAAUUCGGUUGGCCAAGUGUACCGACCAUCCCACCAGGGCCUCCGACUGAGUCGGAGGCCCGCGACAUUUUCCCUAAGGGAAGAAGUAAGCUGGAUGUUCUGUCCUAUGUGCAUUGGAAGCAGCCAGCGGCCAAAGGUCAUGUUCGGCUGUACAAAGGCAAACCCAUUAGAACAUUGGAUUAA